AUGGCCGAAAAAGGAGAAAAGAAAGCAAUACGCCAAUGUUGGGAUUGCCUCAAACGGCGUCUAGUAUGCGAUAACACACUACCGCACUGCAAGAAGUGUCAUAAAGCUGGUCGGCAGUGCUCUGGUUACGAUGACGCAAAACCGCUGCAGUGGGUUCAGCCAGGCAAGGUGACUUCUAGACGAAGGAGGAAGAAAGACAAUGGCGAACCGACGAUCUACACCGUUGGGCCUACAACCAAUAGUGGGACGAGACUAUGUCAUGAAGCUAGCGCACCUGAACAUAAGCUCUGUGGACCGUUGCAUGAAGAGGACUAUAUCUGUGAACCCGUAGACUACGAAGCAGCUCUAGCGGCUUGGGGGGAGGAUCGACCCCCCCACGCUGAGAAUCGGGUCGCAGAACUUCAUGCACUGUCUUUCAAGAUGAUAGCUAGUGCCAGAGAGGCUGCUAGGAUAUUCGAGAUUGGCGGAAGGGCCAAGAUUGAAGCGAUUGUCGAAAGCGGCUCACAAGAGGAGGCUGCGAAGUUGUUGCGCUCGAAUCUUAAUCCUCUUCAACGGCUUAAACGUCUACUUUGGGUUUUACAGGUGGAGGAUGUACCGAUGUACAAAGACCUUAUGGAUGAAACAUCUGAAGUGGUGCAAGCCGUUCAGUACUAUAACCUACGCAUACAUACAAGAUACAAGGCAGCCGGAGAGUUGGCACCUAAUCCUGCCCUCGUACCUUUUCCUGUACAAGCCUUACAUUUACUCACCCCAGCCAUUCACCAUGCACUCGUCUGCCUGUCCCUCAAUCAUUUCAUCCACACUCUACCGUCGAGAACAGAUCGCGCAGUGGUUACCCCCAACCGAUGGAAAAUGUAUCAUCACCGUGGAGCAGCUCUGCGAGCACUAAGCCGGCAUAUCGGCCAAGACAAGACAAGAUGUUCGGACAUGACAAUCACCACCAUUCUUAUGUUCAUGUGUUUAGAGGUCCAGAAUCCUACCUUUGCGGACUGGCGUUUGCAUGUGGAUGGUAUGAAGCGAAUAGUCGACCUGAGAGGCGGGCCGAAGAAACUCAUGAAGGAGGCACCGCACUUGGUACCAUCAUUGGUGAUCUACCUACUUAUUGUGUCUCUGGCCAACACGUGCAGUCCUUCGUGGGACCAAGUCGAGAUCAGCAACACUGCAGAAGACAUCACCGGGGAUAUAAUCGGCAUUUACAGCCUCAUCUUUCCGUACACGCUUUGUCCGCCCGACCUAUUCACCGAGAUGCUGCGUACUAACCGACUACGCGCCAAAGCUUCUGCGGCAGUGUUACAGUGUGACUUUGAUCCGGAACACACGCUGGAGGCUCACGAUCUCCUUACUCGCAUCGAUGCCUUCUCCGCCGAGGACUGGGCGCAACCCGGGACCUUCUACACGGAAUGGCUGACCAUUGGCACCGUGUACAAGUCCGCCGUCGCGCUGUACGCCACCUUGUCCUUCGGCUCACUCACUGUCCUCCCACCAACGUUUGCAGCGCUUGACAGUCAAACAGCUUACGGCGAUGUCCUACUCAGCAACCUUCGCGUCGCACUCAAAGCCCCACGUAUCGCUAGGUUUAUGGUAUGGCCGCUGAUCGUGGCGGGUGUAGAGGCUAUACAUCGUGGGGAGGCGACAAGGAACUGGGUUGAGGCGAGUUUAGAGGAUCUAAGCAGGACGCUAGGGACGAGUUAUCCGCUGAAAGCGUGUUUGAUAUUGAGGAGAUAUUGGAAGGGCGGAGUUUCGGGGUGGGAUGAGUGUUUUGAUCGACCGUAUAUGGUCGUUUUCUAG